CUCUUUUUUUUUUUUUUUCCCCAAUCCACGGCCCAACCGGCCGCAGAGUCCACACUUCCUCUCUCCCAAGCUCGUGUUGAUGUGACGGCUCGGACGAGGGGAGCGUCCUCGUGCAUAAGCCGAUGCCAUCCCCGCGGCCCUGCCCGGGAUGAGCCGGGCGCUGGAGGAGCCCGCCGCCGGGGGCUUGCGCUUGCCGACACGUUGCGGCCUGCGUAUUCCCGAAGAACAUCUGGCCUGCAAGAUAGCGUAGAGGAGAUGCUUCUUAAUAUAUUUUGAAAUCGUGCUCCUGUCUACAGGAAAUGCACGCAGUGCCCUCCGAGGCAGCCUUUAAUCCUGUGACCUGAAGAAUGCUUGCAGACCCUAAUUAUGUCUCUCAUGACUCUGCUAGAUACUGGUAUUUUCGUGUGAGUGUAAGCUGAAUCAUGCCAGUGUUGCCUUUUUCCAAGUUUGGAUGCUCUUCCAAGAGUCACAUGUCCAAACCAUCCAGAUGCGAUUUUAGUGGAGGACUACAGAGCUGGUGAUAUGAUCUGUCCUGAAUGUGGCCUGGUUGUAGGUGACCGGGUUAUUGAUGUGGGAUCUGAAUGGAGAACUUUCAGCAAUGACAAAGCAACAAAAGAUCCUUCUCGAGUUGGAGAUUCUCAAAAUCCUCUUCUGAGUGAUGGAGAUUUGUCUACCAUGAUUGGCAAGGGUACUGGAGCUGCUAGUUUUGAUGAGUUUGGCAAUUCUAAGUACCAGAAUCGGAGAGCAAUGAGCAGUUCUGAUCGGGCAAUGAUGAAUGCAUUCAAGGAAAUCACGACCAUGGCCGACCGAAUCAACCUCCCUCGAAAUAUAGUUGAUCGAACAAAUAAUUUAUUCAAGCAAGUGUAUGAACAGAAGAGCCUGAAGGGAAGAGCUAAUGAUGCCAUAGCCUCAGCUUGUCUCUACAUUGCCUGUAGACAAGAAGGGGUUCCUAGGACAUUUAAAGAAAUAUGUGCCGUAUCACGAAUUUCUAAGAAAGAGAUUGGUCGAUGUUUUAAACUUAUUUUGAAGGCUUUAGAAACCAGUGUGGAUUUGAUAACAACUGGGGACUUCAUGUCCAGAUUCUGUUCCAACCUCUGCCUUCCUAAACAAGUGCAGAUGGCAGCUACGCAUAUAGCUCGUAAAGCUGUGGAGCUGGACUUGGUUCCCGGGAGGAGCCCAAUAUCUGUGGCAGCGGCAGCCAUUUACAUGGCCUCACAGGCAUCAGCUGAGAAGAGGACCCAAAAAGAAAUUGGAGAUAUCGCUGGCGUUGCUGAUGUUACAAUCAGACAGUCCUACAGAUUAAUUUAUCCUCGAGCCCCAGAUUUAUUUCCUACAGAUUUCAAAUUUGACACCCCAGUGGACAAACUGCCACAGCUCUAAGUUGAGGCAGCCAACAUCAAACUUGUAUGUACACAGAACUUUACCUAUUGUACGUCGCUCAGAAGACUGGGUUGAUCCUUUAAGGAGGAAAAGGACGUGGUACGCAUUCCAGGGCUACAUGUUAUUGCUUGGCAUUCUAUAUGUAUAUACUAGUGAAACAUAUUUAAUGAUUUAAAUUUCUUAUUGAAUUUGCUUUCUUUUGUAGCAAUCUAGGAUACUGUAUUUUGGAAGAUAUUUGAAAUUACGUGAUUGAAUAAAAAUUUUUCAAAGCUAAA